CAGCGCACCAUCAUCACCAGGAACUCAUCAAAGUCUACUGUCCCGCUACCUGUAACCCCCCCAACGCACGCACGCGCACGCACGCACGCACACACGCACACACACACACACACACACACACACACACACACACACACACACACACACACACACACACACACACACACACACACACACACACACACACACACACACACACACACACACACACACACACACACACACACACACACAGUGUCUUAAUGCUGAAACAUAGUAAUGUGAUGACUUCAAAAUUAACAUUUCAUACCAGUCUGAAAACUAUGUAUGAACCACUCCUCAGGCUACCUGACCUAAUGACUUUGCCUAAGGUUAAUUCAUAUUGAAGUGAGGGGAUGUAGUAUUGUGUGUUGAUAUGUUUGUAUCCAUGGUGACGCACCAUCCUCAUCCACCUCAUCUAUCAUCUCCUGCAGCUCCUCUGGGGUGGGGUUCUGCCCCAGCAUUCUCAUCACUUUCCCCAACUCCUUGGUGCUGAUGCAGCCGUCCUCUGCACCCUGACAUGCAAUGUCAAAGGCUGCCUUAAACUCUGUGGGGACAUAGUGGUGAGAAGCAGAUUAAAUGGAUAUUAUGGGUAUUACUAGUGCUUCUCCACAGACAUGAAUAAUGCAAAAUUACAAAAUUACAAAAACCAAGACUCACCAUUUUUCUGUUCUUCUGUUAAGUUCUCAACCUGAAGGGAACAGUAGGGAAAGUUACAUAUUGUAUGCAAUUCACUCACGUUGAUAGACAUGGUAUAGUACUUUUGAACUCAUCUUAGUCUACUUUAUGUGCCUAAAUUAUGCAGAUUGGUUUGCCUCUUUGACAUUUAUGUUUGACAAAUUGACGACUCAUAGUUGGACCACACUGGAGGCCAUUGGUGGCCAUUUCCUCAUUGUCUUGUCUCUCUUCACCUUGGUAUGCAGUCAGCCCUGAGCCCUCACAGUGUGUAAUAUAUUCCAUCAGUACCCCAGCGCCUUGUCCCUCUUGUUGAACUCAGCCCAAAACCUGUGGAGCACAGCCCCCUACCCAUGGUGCAGUCUGACUGAAAUGUCACGCUGCUUUCUUCACCUCCUAUUCUUGUAUUGUGGCGAGGGGGGCUCUGGCACAGAUUCUGCUGACAGACAUUUGUUUGAGCCGACAGCUGUCUACUCUGUUCCUCUUCCUAACUGUCCUUUGUUCUAUGUUGUCAGGCAGAGAAAUGCCAGAAAUCCCAUCUAACCUCACAUUACGUCAUCUGGGUACUCAGAAAAGAUAAUGCUGAGCUCAAAUGUUCAUAAUGUCAUGGCAAUGAGCUUUUUGUUGUGCAGUUCACAUUUAAUCGACCUUUUCAGAAUAGCUGUCCUCAUAGAACAUGGCCAACUUUGUGUUUAACCUUGAUGAAUCUUGGCACUUGUUAGUUGUUCAUUCAAAAGAUACAAUGUUGAAUUUCCAUUGACUUUACAACUCUCUUGGUGAGAUCAUUUAUUCAUACACUGUGAACUCUAAUUUUAGAAGGACAAUGACCUUUUCUCAGAGGGACAAUAAUGGUCAACACAUUCAGAAAAGUUCUGCUGGCCCUUCUUGAUUACUCUCCUCUAUAAAAAGAUGGUGUUGAAUGACACUUUCACAUGAGUUGCUUUCCCAUCAUAUGACCAUGUUUAGUUGGGCCUUGACACUCAAUAUUACUGCACUUACUUUGACCAAUCAACGUCAAGGUGGGAACAUGUCUAUGUGACUACCAAUCCCUUUCCUAUGACGAGUACUUGGUUUGUCAAAGGUACCUUGGGUAUACUGAAAUCCUAAUUAACAACUCAGUAGCUCUCGUGAAAUAUAUCUUGAAUUGAGGUUGACUGGUAAAACCAUUUCUCGCUUCUCACAGCUCUUGAAUGCGGAUUAGGGCUUUUUGACAUCAUCAACGUCUAAUUCCGUUGAACAACUAGAGAUGACUUUCCUUAGGGCCCAUUAACCUCUAAUCACCUCUGGCUUGUGUCCAGAGAGUGUGUACUGUAAAUAUAAUGUGAGCUGGAGCAUAUAGCCAUUGUGUGAAAUGUGUUAAACAUAACACCACAGUCAUGACGGGCUGUUAUUUUCACAUAUUCAUGUUGAUCUUGUGCCUCAACAGAUAUACCCCCGUCCACAACCUGAGCCAACAAACCGGCAAGAAAAGGCACGUGAUUUCACAACAGUGCCUUGAUUUUUACUCAGCCGUAGUACACCCAGCCUCACUAAUUGAUGGGAAGCCCAGCCAUAGAACAGAGAAGCCCAGGAGCUCCAAACCCGUGGUAGCAGCUGACUUACCUGAUCUGGAUAACACUGAUGAUACUCUCCUCCCUGGUGGCAGCGGGCAGUGCUCGGUGAAUGGGAUGUUCCUGUUUGACAGGGCCAUGUGGUCGCCUCAGCCCUGCUCCGUGUGCCAGUGUCAGAGGGGAACUGUCAGCUGUCACCCUGUCCCCUGCGGCGGUUCAAAUAACCAGCAGACUGUGGCUCCCAAAGCCAAGAAAUCCUCCCCUAAUGCAGAGAAGAAAGAGGGGAUUCCAAAGCAGAAGAAGAGUCUCCAAAGGACAUCAGAAGAAGGAGGAGCAGGACGUCAGAAGAAGGAGGAGCGGCAUGUUAGUCCAGUGAAAGUGGUUGCUGUUCUGAAAUCUGUGGCCACCCAGAACAAAAAACAAGAAGUAGCAGUGAAGAAACAGGAAGUGGCUGUGAAGAAACAAAAAGUGUCUGUGAAGAAACAGGAAAUGGUUGUGAAAACAAAAGUCAGGAAGACCGAGGUUCCUGUGGCCAAGAGGCGUGACCCGAAGAUAAACAAAGACAGCCUUCCGUACCUUCCCUAUGAUGAUGAUGAUCACGAUGACCAUGACCACAGCGAGCAUGACGACAAUGACGACGAUGAUGAUUAUAUCAUCAGGGCCACCGGAAAACCCACCAUGAGGUUGGCACCAAUGGGGAGACCAGUCACCAUGGCGACUGGCCGACUGGCUACUACCACCACUAGGAGACCCAUGGUGAGGGGGCCGGGACGUGCUGUGGUCACAUUCCCCAGGAGACACAGCAUCAUGGAGUCUCUCCCUGCUGGCUGCCUGCUCUCGGAGUCUCUGAUCGCCUGUGGCAGCACUGGCAUGGUCCACGUCCCCAUCCUUUCAGACCAGGGGGUCAAGACCCUCUAUCUGGCAGACAAUAAGAUCAAUAAGAUCCCUCCCCGGGCUCUGGCUGGGCUGCCAAACCUGGAGUGGCUGGACCUGAGCAAGAACAAGCUGGACGACUCCUCCAUCAGCCCUGACCUGUUCCAGAACCUGACCCAGCUGAGGAGGUUGAAUUUAGAUGGCAACAAUCUGACCAAAGUCCCCUCGAUUCUCCCGCCGUCCCUGGUGGAGCUUAAGAUCAAUGACAACAAGAUCCUGGGCCUCACACCUAACAGCUUUAAAGGUUUGUCCAAAUUGCUGACACUGGAGCUUGAGGACAACCACUUCCACGAUGGGAAUGUGUCACCUUUGACCUUCCGGCCCCUCAAGAAACUCAUCUAUCUGCGACUGGAGGACAACAAGUUCCGGGCCAUCCCCUCUGGGCUUCCUGUGACCCUGCAGGCACUUCACCUGUCGGAUAACAGAAUAGAAGAGGUCCAUGAGGGGAUCCUCAACAAGACCGUCAACCUCAGGUUUCUGGAUCUCAGUCAUAAUAGGAUCCGGGAGGACCGCAUAGCCCCAAGGGCCUGGAUACACUUGUUAAAGUUGGAGUCGUUGGACCUGUCGCACAAUAAGCUGGUGCAUGUUCCCUCCUUCCUCCCUGUGGGUCUACAGCAGCUCCACCUGCACCACAACCAGAUUGAGCGGAUCCCUGGCUACGUGUUUGGCCACAUUAAACCGGGACUGGACCUCCUUCACCUGUCCCACAACAGGCUGGCCAACGACGGCAUUGAUGAUGUGUCCUUCCUGGGCCUGUACAACUCCCUGACUGAACUCCUGCUGGACCACAACCAGCUUCGCUCCAUCCCCAGGGGGCUACUGAAGCUCAAGAGCCUGCAGCUCCUCCGCCUCAACCACAACGUGAUCAGAUACGUUCCUCUGAACUCUCUGUGUGACAUGCGCCAGAGUGACGACUCGCCCCUAGUCUCCGUUCACCUGGAGUACAACCUGAUUGACAGGCGUCUCAUCCCGCCCACCGCCCUAUCCUGCAUCAAGACCUACCACAGCAUCAUACUACGGCCCCAGAGUUACGAGGAAGAUUACCACCAUGAAGAUUACUAGUACCCCCCCCUGUCAGUUUGUCCUGGGUUACACCUUGUCUGCGUUUCUCAUUACAUAAUUUCCUCUGAGUCCGUCUCUUAUUGUGAUUAGCUUAGUCAGACUUAUGACACCCAAGCGUUAUGCAACAGAUGAAAUUAGACUUCUAUCCUAAGUCUGACCAUAAUUCUAGGGCAAUGUUUAUGCAACCAGCCCUUUGUCAGUGGGCUUCAUUAUCACAAUGAAUGAGAACGAUUGUGUGUGUUUUUCCUGUUUUAAAGCCUUACUCUGUAAAGCAGUUCUAGGUUUUACUUGUGACUUUGACCUUGCUUGAUACAGUAGCAUGUAUUGAAAGAAAAAUAAUGUGUGGUUACCAAGGGAAACCCAGGUAGCUACUUGACAGUAGUGAGAGCCAAAGAUGUCCAGGUGCCCUCUAUACUAAACGCACUGUUUAGUUGUUGGUACAACUGUUUCAACUUUGUGACAAACUUGUGUAAUGAAAAAUUGAGAAAAUAAAAAAAUCUUAGAUAAUUGCUGGUCAUUGUCUAUGGUAACUGUAAAUAGUCUUAGUACCUCAAAUAAUCUGCCUAUGUAGCACUGGGUAGAGUGUUGCGGGGUAUUUUAUUCUUAGUAGAUUCUGUAUUUACCCUAUUAGUGCUGUGAUAGUACUUUUUAUUUUAUUUUGGCCUUAUACAGUAGCUUAAAUAAAAAUGUAUGUAAAUAGAUC